AUGACAGCGGCAAUGUUCAGUAAUGCUGGGAUUGAGGAUAUCAUCUCAAAACUAGACCUGGAUGAGAAGGUUGAGCUGCUUACUGGGGCAGGUCGAUGUGCUCUCCAAGGUAAUGAGCGACUUGGAAUCCCGGUUAUACAUACAUCUGAUGGGCCUCACGGGCUUCGCGGUGCCAAUUUCUUCAAUCCGGUCCCUGGUGUCCAAUUCCCCUCAGCAACUGCCAUGGGGGCUACAUUCGACAUAGAUCUCCUGCGCAAGAUUGGACAAACACUGGGCGACGAAGCCAUAGCAAAGGGGAAACACAUUGCACUUGCUCCUACUGUUUGUCUCCAGCGUUCCCCUCUCAUCGGUCGAGGAUUUGAGGCCUUUGGAGAGGAUCCAAUUCUGAGCGGGAUACUAGGCGGACACUACAUUGCUGGAAUCCAGGACCGACGCGUCGCGGCUUGCAUCAAGCACUACGCAGCACACGAUCAGUCAGCCAAUUCUAUCGAAGACGAUGUAAUAAUGACUGAACGGACUCUACGCGAAUUACACCUACUACCAUUCCAGACGGCUAUGAAAAUUUGCCCUCCCUGGGCCUUCAUGACAUCAUACAAUAAAGUGAAUGGGGUUCACGCAAGUGAGAGUCCAUUUUUGAUUCAACAAGUCCUACGUAAAGAAUGGAGGUUCGAUGGCCUAGUCAUGAGUGACUGGUGGGGAACAUACAGUACAUCCGAAUCUAUGAAUGCAGGCAUGGACCUAGAAAUGCCUGGCCCCACGGUUUGGAGAGGGAAAGCUCUGAAGUAUGCCGUAGAAUGUCGCAAGGUCCGUAUCGUGCGUAUAGAUGACGCUGUGCGAAACGUUCUCAAUAUCGUUGCCAAAACACAUACCACGCAAGUACCCAAAGAAGAUGGAAACAACGAUACCCCUGAGAAUCGUGCGAUUGCCAGAAAGGUCGCAUCCGACUCGAUAGUUCUUCUUAAAAACGACAAUGGCGUUCUACCGCUGAGUAUUGACGCCAAAAAGAAGAUCGGGCUGAUUGGUGACCACUUCAAAACCCCUGCCACAGGCGGUGGUGGCAGCUCUGAAGCUACUCCAUACUAUGUCAGCACUCCAUACGAUGCUAUUGUGGGGUUGGUGGGUGCUGAAUUGAUUGAAACCGGGAUCGGUGCCUAUUCGCAUCGGUUCACACCUCUUUUGACAACCGAGUUACGUCAGCCAAAUUCUGGAAAGCCAGGUCUCUUUGUUGAGCUCUUUUCCGUUAAUCCUGAUGAGACAGACUCCCCAGAAGUGCUGUGGAGCGCCGAAACGCGCAGAAGCCUCCUUCAAUUUACUGACAGUCUUCCAAAACACCUUCCGGAUCAGCAUUUCGUUCGAAUACGGACGACCUUUACCUCUCCCAAGACCACCAAAUAUCGUUUCGGGCUCAGUGCCUUUGGCAAGGUUGUCAUGCGAAUUGAUGGCAGGCAAGUCAUCGACUUAUGGACUAACCACCCGGAGAAAACUGAAACAACGCCUGUCUUCAAUGCUUUCUCAAUGGAGCGAUUCUACGAUGUAGAUGUCACGCAAGGAGAAAGCCUAGAGAUCUGUAUUGUUCUCUCGAAUGUGUUUACUGGCCCUGUUGUUGGUAUUGCCCCCGCAGGUGGAAUCCGACUCGGUGGAUGUGAGGUACUGGACGAGGACAAGUCCAUCAAUGAUGCGGUAGCCCUUGCUAAAAGCGUUGAUAUUCCCAUCGUGAUGACUGGAAUUAGCUCCGAUUAUGAGAUGGAGAGCGCAGAUCGUACGCAUCUCGCACUGCCAAAUAGGGUGGAUGAACUGAUCGAACGAGUUGUCUCCGCAAACUCCAACACGAUCGUAAUUAUUCAGUCUGGACUCCCAGUUACUAUGCCGUGGGUAUCCAAAGUCAAUACUCUGCUCCAUGCUUGGUAUGGAGGGCAGGAGACCGGGAAUGGAAUUGCAGAUGUUCUCUUUGGGAAAGUCAAUCCCUCAGGCCGACUUUCAGUCACGUUUCCAAAGAGACUCGAAGACACUCCUGCAUUUCUCAACUUUGGAAAGACCGAUCGUGAGGUUGUUUAUGGCGAAGGUGUAUUCGUGGGUUACAGGUACUACGAAAAAUUGCGCACCCAACCCCUCUUUUAUUUUGGGUAUGGACUUUCAUACACCCAGUUCCAGUACUCAAACCUAGUGGUGCCUGACAUUUUUGAGCCACAACCGGAAUACAAACUUCCGAUUUUGGUUGAUGUCACAAAUAUUGGCAAUUGCUACGGCUCCGAAGUCAUUCAAGUAUACGUGUUUGAUGUCAAAUGUUCGGUCCAGCGGCCGAGGAAAGAGCUCAAAGCUUUCCACAAGAUUGGGCUGAAGAGAGGCGAAUCGCGCACCGCUCGCCUGGAAUUAGACAGAUCGACUCUGGCAUUUUGGUCUGAAGAAGAUAACAAGUGGAAGGCAGAGGCUGGAGUCUUCCAAGUGAUUAUAUCUAGGAGCGCAGACCCCACUGCCGAGGAGCUGGUAGCCAGCUUCGAAUUACCGCGAAGUAUGCUUUGGAACGGGCUUUGA